CAUGGCGGAGUAAAGUCCAUGCAACCAGUAGCAUAUGGGUCCGCUACUUCAAUAUAUGAUCCUUUUUGUCGAUGUAUCUGGAACACCAGCUUUCUAGACCACGCGUUACAGGUCACUAUGUUCCGGCGUUCAAGAUUCAGUGUUCGGCCCAAUGUGGGUGCUACUGGGAGGACAGCUGCGCCCAAGGAGCCCACGUCAGUCAAUCCAGAAGGUGGAGAAUCUGCUUGCCCUGUCGCUGAGAGCACCACUGCUGCGAGCACGUCUGUUGUGGCUCCACCUGACAACAGUGUGGCCUUGGGGGAGGGUAAUGAUCCUCCUGGGGAAGCGUCGAGCUCCUCAGCUGCAGUCCAGAGGAGGAAAAGGUUUUCAGUCAAGCCCAAAGUUGCUCCUGGACGGCCCUCUGCCACCGUUCGCCCCACAAAGGCCCCUGGAGAGACGGCUGCUGCAGCUUCAAGUGCGGAGUUCAUCACCAAACCGGUUUCCGAAGAACUGUCUGGAACCUCAACACCCCCACAAACCGGCCAAUCCCCAAGGCAACCAAACGUUUCAGAGAGUGCAGAACCAGACACCAGUCUAAUCAAUGAUGCAGACACAUCCACAGUGGAGACAGAAACCAUAGAGCCCUCCAAAAAGGAAAUUCACUCCAGACCGCCUGAUAUAGCACCUCUGUCCAUCCCUAACAGAGAGACUAAUGAAUUGUCAGAAAAGGCCAAGACUCUGAUGUCUAAGCCUUUGAAGUUGCCUUCUAUACCGCGGUGCUCUCUGAGCAGGCUUCUGAACGACCCAUCCGACAUACAGAAGAUCGAAAAAACACGGAAGCUCAGAGAACUGCUGAGACAAGAAAUGCACAAAGAAAAGAAUAAACACAGGAGGCCGAAAUACCGUGUGAAGGAGUUCAGUUUGGAUCCGGCCAAAAUGACCAUGAGAGACCUUCUCCAUUAUUUUCCCACCUCCAACCCCAUGUCCUCAAGUUUGGAAGAAACGACUCUGGAGAGCGAGACGGUUCUACCAAACUCACCUCAGCAAGCAGUGUCACCAGAAACGGCAAAGGAACCUGAUGCUCAAUCGGUAAGCCGCGAUGAGGACGAGGAAGGCGCAGCAGGGGAGGAAGAUGAUGACGACGCAGUCAUGGUUCCUCGGGUCAAAGUAGCCGAAGAUGGCUCCCUGAUUAUUGACGAGGAGAGUUUGACUGUGGAAGUCCAGCGAACCAAAGGCCCAAACCCAACCGAGGACAAAGACCCUAUCUUUGAGCGUGGCUCCACGACAACCUAUUCAAGUUUCAGGAAAGGAACACACACAAAGCCCUGGUCCAGUGAAGAAACGGACAUGUUCUACUUGGCCAUAAGCAUGGUGGGAACGGACUUCUCCAUGAUCUGUCAGUUGUUCACUCACAGAGCUCGGGCUGAGAUAAAGAACAAAUUUAAAAAGGAAGAGCGUCUGAAUGCCUGGAGGAUUGACAAAGCCUUCAGAGAACGGCGGAAACUGGACUUGGAGUAUUUUACAAAGCUGCUUGAAAAGGUCUUGGAAGUCCAAAAGAACAAGAAGAAGAAGAAUGGAAGGCCACGAGGGAAGAGUGCAGCUAAAAAGAGAGACAAGAAGCCAAAAGGAAAAACAGUUGAUAUCCUUAGUGACUUGGAGGAGGAAGAUGAGGAGGAGGAGGAGGAAGAAGGAGAUGAUAUUCUUGAUCUUUUGAACGACGACGAUGAAGAGGAGGGGGAGAAGGAAAAUGAGGAUCUUGGUAACGACGGCGGAACUCAAGUUUCCACUCAGAAAGGAAAACGUAAAAGACAAAGUAAAAAAAACGCAGAUGAAGAGAUGGCUGGGAAGAGGAACAGACAAGAAAAGACCAGUGAACAAGAUGAGGUGCUGACCCCAGAAGACUCUGACACAACGUGUCCUGAAGAGCUCACGACUUCAAUCCUGGCUCAAGAUGACAAAGACAAAGCUACACCCAAAUGUUCUGUCAUCAAACCAGCCAAGCUCUCACGAGGCAGAGCUCCCCAACCUCUGCUGCCCCUGGGCAAGAAGUGGAGCAAGAAACUCCCAACAGUCGCUGCACAGUCGCAAAACAACGAGGCUGCCGCUGCUGCAACACAAGAGCAGGAGAUGAAGAGAGGGUCACCCGAGAGAGAUUCCUCUGAAGAUGAGGAGUGUACAGUCCAGCCAUCUAAGCCAACCCGAUCAGGAAGAAUGCCCAAACCCAUCCAACACCUAAGUUACACAACCAAGGAAGACUCCACAUCAGAGAACAAUCAGAGCUCUGCAACCGGUACUGCGCCCAAACAAAGACAAAAGCGUGGAAGAGAGUCAAAGUCUCAGUCAGCCCCGGUCCCCAAAAAGUCCAAGCUGGUCACUCUCACCGCUUCACAAUCGGACUACAGCGAUGAUGAGGAUGAUCCAGUGAGGGACGAAGAUGAGGAGGAUGAAGGAUUGAAGCAUGGGAUGGAACUAAGUCCAGGCAAAGAAAGUAGUGCACCUGCAUUCGUCCCCGUCUGCCUUCGCCCAGCUCGUGUUUCGGAGGAGGUGGAGACAAUAGAGGAGCUUGAUAUCUUGGCCUCUAUUCCUAAUGUGCUGGACAUGACUCAGGAAAAUGAGACGGGAACAACUGAACCUGAACAUCAGUUGGACCUGCUGCUUGAUGUCAUUGACCUCCUGUCGUCCGGAACCCCAGGAGUAUCUGAUGCGAGCUACAACGAAGCUGCUCAAACGCUGUUGACCAUUGGCAACUUGACCAACAUCUCCCAGCUGAAUGAAACAAUCACGCAAGAUCAGCCUUCAGUGGAAGCGCAAGUUGCUGGAAGAAGCAAUGACGUAGAAGAGAGUUUGUCAGUGGGUUGUGCUGGAGAGGAACAAAGUGUUUUUCCAUUACUAACUGCUGAACACAAAUCAACAGAAAACUCAGUGGAGCCUCCAAUUACUGUGACACCCACAACUGCCAAUGCUCAGGCACAAGGUAAUGUCAUGCUUGAUGGACAGUCAAUUUCUCCUGAAAUUCCUGUCCAGAACUCUUCACAAUCUGCAAAUGGAGGUCUUCUCCCCAAGGUGAAACCAAAACCCAACCUAAAUCGAACAUCAAGAGCGUCAAAAUCCCACCUGUCAAAAGUGGAAGAGAGUCAAGGUCCACCAGCAGAAGAGUCCAAGUACUCUGCUGAGGCAAGCAGUCAGGCAUUAGCAGAGGAUGAAACCUCUGCAGAAGGACUUCUGCUCCAUUCUGGGCUUCAUGUGGAAGAACCUGUUGCCUCAACAUCUGGCAUUUCUGAACUGUCUCAAACAGAACUGAACAAACCUCUCAAAAAUGUUGCCACUGAACUGAAGUGCACUGGUGCUAGCUCAGAUUUGGCCUCAGCUAAACCCAAAGACAGCUGUGGAAACACUUCCAAAACGUCACAGGCUGAGGUCACUCAAUCUAUAAGAAGAGAUGAAGGAACUCAGUUGAAUCCCACCAAGGAAGUGCCCUCAACUUCUGAUGCUGGAGAAUUUAGAGCAGCUUCGAUGCAAGGUGUUUGUCCAGAAAACCUGGGGAUGAUUGCUCAUAAACCUGCAGGUCUCCUGUCCACUGACCCACAAAACACUGAUCAAAAGUUAAACAAAUCUAUUUCUGAUGUGGAUUCACAGUUAAGUACAUCACAGUCAAUUGUCAGUGGUGCGCCUCAGAGUCAAUCUACUCCAAACAAAAGAGGGCGUCUGCCAAAAGUCAAACCUAAACCCAACUUGGGUCGAGCAGCCAGAACAGCGCCUCCAAAAUCCCAAUCAGCAUCAGCAACCGAGGAGAAUCAAGCUGUUCAACAAAUUCCUUCAACUUCAACUGCAGGAGAAACUGGUCAGCUGUUGGCUCAAAGCCGUAACUCAGAAAGCCAAGUGCCGAACCCUCACACAGAGAUACAUGCUACUGCAGAACUGAUCACCGAUGCAGCAUUGGAGACACCAGGUGGUGUGAUAAAAUCAAGUGCUGCACCUUCACAUUUCCAGCCAUCAGUUGAAGAUGAUCCGAGCCAGGAAACCCUAUCAUCAGUGGAAGCCAGUCAAAAGGUAUCUGGGACCCGCUUGGGCCAGACUUUACAAGCCGAAUCAGAUGUUUUAGACCAUGCUUCCAAAACAGGCGAGGACAAGAGUGCUGAGGGCAAAUCCAUUCCAGAGGUGACAGAGAGAGGUAGCCCUCUAACCAAGGGAGGACGUUUGUCUCGGGUUAAACCUAAACCCAACCUGGCUCGAGCCUCAAGAACCGCACCUGCAAGAACCCAAUUGGCAGAGACUCUUCCUACCUCAGACUCCCCAUUUACAUCGAGUGUUUCGGGUUGCACAUCCUCAGAUGUGGCAGUGGAGCUUACAGUUGCUGAUAUAGCAUCAAGGACUGAGCCAGCAUCAUCCCAAUCAACAGUUGAAGACGUUCAGAAUCAAGAAAUACUGCUGUUGGAGCAAGCCAAAAAGCAAAGUCAAAAUACCUCAGGCACUCACUUGGCUCUGACUUUAGCGCACACCACAUCCUCCUCAUCAGAUCAGAAGUGUAGUGAGGGGAAAUCCAUUCCUGUGUUAGCAGAGAGUGGUUCGCCUUUAACCAGGCGAGGACGUUUGCCUAGGGUGAAACCUAAACCCAACCUGGGUCGAGCCUCCAAAACAGCCUCCUCAAGAUUCCUGUCAUCAACAGCUGAGGAACAGCAACCUCAAGAAACUCUUUCAACUUCUCAUGCAACAGAAAUUGUUCUGGCAUUGCCACGAAGCCAUGUUUCUGCUGAAAGCCCAGGUUCAGAUCUUUCGCAGACAGAGAUGUUUGCUUCCACUGACAGUCCAUCUACAUCAGGUGUUUCAGUCUGCCCAUCCUCAGAUGUGUCAAUGGAGCUACCGGUUGGUGAUACAGCAUCAAGAUCUGAACCUCCAAAACCCCAACUAUCCAUUAAUAAGGUUCAGAGUGAUGAAAUCCCGUUCUCAAAGGAAGCCAGUAACUUCUGCCACUUGCCCCUGACUUUGGAGCGUACUUCACCAGCUGUUUCAGACCAUGGAUCCAAAACUGUUGAGGGAAAGAGUUGUGAGGUGACAUCCAACCCGGGGAUCACAGAGAAGGCUUCCCUUCUGAGCAGGAGAGCACGUUUGUCUUGGGUUAAACCUAAAUCCCAGUUACUGAAGAGAUCGAAUGAAGAACCACAAUCCUCUUCACCUGCUGCUGAACCUAGUCUUGAGUCGUUAAUGGAAGACUCUUGUGCUGACAAGCCGAUCCAGGUCCCUUCUGAGAUUGAAGCACUGUCCGCUUUGGAACCUGCCACUUCAGGUGGUUUAGGCCAGGUAGCCACUGAAAUAUCUGAAGGCAUUCAGACCCAGCUCAAGGAUCCUGAAGGCAGCGACAAUGUGGAUUUAACCCCUCAACUGAUUGAAGAUCCUGAUGUCUCGGACAAAAGCUCUCAACCAAUCAGAAAACGCUUUUCCAGGUUAAAACCAAAACCAAACUUGAAACAGGCUUCAAAGGCAGAAGCACUGGUGUCUUCCAAGGUCCAACCUCUUAACUGUAACACUGAAUGUUCCAUCCCUGCAAUGGUUUCAGAGGAAAACCCAGGCUUCUUCGAAGAGGCCAGUGUGUCAGCUACUGGUAAAUCCGCAGCCUCCCAUGGGAGUGUAACAAGUGAUGGUCAUAGUGGUGGUACAUCAUCAAGUUCAGACCUGAGCAGUCGAGCAGAUCCCUCGCAUGAGUCCCCUGCUGUCACAAUGGAAUCUGCUGAACCCACUCGUCCAAUCAGGAAGAGCAGACUAAGAGUUCAACCUAAUCUCGCACAGACUUUAAGAGCUGGUUGCACUGAACAGCAGUCAAAGGAAGAACCAAGUGUUUCGUCAGAGUCUGCGGUGCAAUCUCGACCAACAUGUUUGGAGUUGGAUGACUCCAUCUUAUCAUCGAUGCUGCCACCCAGUUCUAGUCAACUGCUGCCAGAGAUGCUGAACUCAUCGGAGACAAAAGAACUAGCUGACUGUAGUUCCACAUCACAUGACUUGUUUGAUUGGCCUCGUAACACCUCUGAGCACAAAGCACAGGUGAUCGCAAGCCAAGUCUCAGUGUCUGAAUCUCCUAGUGUGAGGCCCUGUGAGCCUGAAAGGACAUCACACGGUGAGGAGUCUUCAGAUGCUACACCGACCAUGGCAGAAGAAAAGACUGAUCCGUCAGUGAGUGCCGUCGCGUCUGAAGAUGAAUCUCAUUGCUCAAGUCAUCUGGCUCCUCUACAAACUCCUAAACCAGACCUUUCACUUCAGCAUCCUGAGAGUCAUCAACAUGACAAAUCGUGUGAAGACACAAUUGUUACCUCACACCCUGGAAGUUCUCUUAAAGCUGCUCCAGCUGACCCCCCAUCGAACUCCCGAAGGCGGCGCAUUGCGAAGGCCAAACCCAAUUUGGGACCGACUGCUCAAGCAAGAGAGCCGAAGGCAGGAGGGAAGGUUGUGAGCCCUGCAUCUGAGAGUCCUGCAACUGUAACGUCAAUGCAGCCUGUUGACAACAACUGUGCACAAACCAUCCUCGACCAGCUGGCAGUCUUGGGUCCUACUACAAGUACAAGCCAAGAAAGUAGUGACAAUAGCAGUCGACAUUUGGAUCCAGCACAGAUCCAGGCAGCACCGGGGAACACUGGUUCUGAACACACUGAUGUUGUCAAGGACACCAGGGAGGUUAGACAUGAUGGGAUGAGAUCGGUUUCAGAGCUUGAGUCAGUGGGAUGUCCUGGAGAAACCACUCAACCGCUCACAGGGAGACCAUCAAAUCCAAGCUGUGAUAUCGUCCAGGAAAGUUGUGAAUCCAAAGAGGAGCUUCAAAUGUCUUCGGAGCCGGGCCAGAAAAGCACUGAUGAUGCUCAGUCAAAGCAUGGAUCCCCAAAAAACGCCACUCAAACUCAGCGCGCAGGUCUUGUUGAACUGAAACCCAAUCCUCGGUGCAGCAUCGGUCCUGACCAUGAAGCAGCUCAUUCUGACAAAGUUUCAAGCAACUCUGAACCAGAAGUCCAGCCUGACACUCCAGUGCCCGCGAACACAGCAGCUGCAGAAGUGGCUGGUAUUGCAGCGUUCCAGACUUUAUUUCCAGACAUGCUGUCGGUGCCCUCGGAUCCGGAUGAGCCAUUUUUCGUUCUCUCUCUGACCGCUGUGCCGGUCUGCCCCCCAGGGGAGGUCGAAGCCACUGGGGCUGUUUCUUAUCUCCCCACAGCAGAUGCAUCAGAGCAGCAGCGGAGUGGCGAGAGUCUGCCUGUAGAGGGCGACGUGUCCCUUCGGAACGUUCCAGUCGAGCCAGCGCCGACUCCUGUUUCUGUGCAGCUCCUUCAUCAGGAACAAGCAGAUGGUCUUAGAGACACGAGUGAGAAACCAGAGCACCCACUUGUUGCAAAGGAAGUUGAGGAUGCUGCGGUCCAGCAAAAAGAAUCAGAUGUCCCACCUGCAAAGACCAGGAGACGAGCCAAACAACCGCAAGUGAAGCCAGAAAGGAAACAGAGAAGCAGAGCCAGGAGAGGAAAGGUUGACCAGAGCCCCGGGCGAGCUGGAGCGUCGUCCCCGCUUCAGGAGGCGGACACAUUUGAAGAGGACGCCUCAAGAGAAGGAGGAGCUCCUGCGAAGAGCUGUCCGGCGACGAGCACGCCGCUUCGGAAACCCAAAGCCUCCUCCCUCUCCGGCCCUCCAGAAAGUCCUAUUCCAGACGAUCGCACGGCGCCACGCUCCAGGCAAACUAUCGCUCCCGUGGUUGAAGAGCAACAAGUUCCUUCCGUCUCAGCCACCGCCAGCACUCCGAUGUCACGGUCAGAACUAACCAGUAGGUUACAGGAGCCGACGGAGGAGGCGACUCAGAGAGAACCCCGUCAUGCUGAGAUGUCGUUUGACGGCGCUGCGGACGAAGCCACCAGCGUGUGCCACUACUUCAUCAGCGAUAUUUUCACAGAGGUGGACGACACGUGAGCACAGAUUUUUUUAGAGAUGUUGGAGGGUAAUUUAUUGCUGUUGCGUUCAUAUUGAAGCUGUUUUGCAAGCACUUUGACCAUGUACAGUGUUCAUGUUUCUUCUAAAAGAAACCUUGAGUUUCUGUCUAAUGUACAAAUGUAUAUAACCUGCAAUCGUGAACUUUCUGCUGGUUGCUUGAAGCGACUUUUAUUUCCGGGUUGAUGUUAAGUUUACACUUAUGGAAGGAAUUUUCUACCCACCAAACAUUAUGUCAUCAGGAAACGACAGCCAACAUUUGUUUGUUCCACGUGU